AUGAAAAAAUUGAAAGAAGGUACUUUAGAAAAAUUGAAAAAUUUGUGGAUUACAAUCAAGUAUUUGUUUAAAAUUUAUUGUAAAACAACAACUUUACAUGGAUUUCGAUAUAUAAGCGAUAAAAAUUUAAGUUUCAUUGAAAAAUUAAUUUGGGCAGCUAUAUGUUUAACUUUGAGCAUAUUUUGUAUUUAUUUAAUGACUAUUUCUUAUAAAACGGUACAAGAGAGACGAACUAUUAUUCGAAUUUCUGACAUUGAUGCUCCUAUACAUGAAUUAGAUUUUCCAGCUGUGACAAUAUGUAAUUUCAACAAGGUUUAUAGGCCUUCUAGUUAUGAUAUGGAAAGAAAAUUACAAGCAUCUGGUUAUGACAAUAAAACAAUUGACGACUUUUUUCAAAAUCUUCCUCAAUUAAUUCGGCCUUUUAGAGAGGAUGUUAAUUAUACAAAAUUUAAUGAAAUGUUGUAUAAAAUGGGCAAUAAAUUGAAAGGUUUAUUAUUGAGGCUUAUGCAGCCGUGUAAUGAUAUGAUAAAAUCUUGCACUUGGAAUGGAGUUGAUUACAAUUGCGACAAUUUAUUUAGACCUGUUUACUCCCUUAUGGGUCAUUGUUGUAGCUUUAAUAAUCACGUAUCACGCUUGUAUGCUACCAAAACAUAUUCCCCACAAUGUGACAAAUCAUAUAAGAAAUAUACAGACAAUAAAACAAAAAACAAAUGUGACACUGAGUGUCCUGGAAGAAGAAAAAUUUUAAAAACACCGGGUGCCGGAAAAAAUAAAGGAUUGAAAGUGGAAUUGGAUAUAAAAUCAAAAGAUUAUAGAGGUUCAACGAGAGAAUACGUUGGGGCUUCAAUUAUAAUUCACGCAGCUGAAGAUUAUCCAGAACCUGAUAUUUUAGUGGUUACCGCACAACCAGAACAUAAUAUUAAUAUUGCACUUACGGGAACAACAAUUACUGGCACUGAUGACAUUGACGCAUUGUCAAAAACUGAGAGAAAUUGUGUCCUUAAGGAUGAAAAAUAUAUUGGCUACAGUUAUAAUUCAUGUAUAACCGGUUGUAAAAUGACAAGAAUUGAAGCAGCUUGUGAUUGUAUUCCUUAUAAUUUUGCAACACCUUGUGUUAAUCUUUCCGGAUUAUGCGACUUUAAAAGUAUUAAUUGUAUUCAAAAGUACCAUAUGAAGAUAACGCAAUUGUUUGAAGAAACUACACUUGACAAUGGCAAAGUUUUACCACCAUGUCAAUGUGAAGAGACAUGCAAUAGAGUUUUUUAUAAAAUGUUUGUUGAUAUAUAUCGCAAAAUUAUUCCAAAUUAUUAUUACUUGAACCCAAAGAUUUAUGAGUUGGAGGAUAGUAAUAUAAAUAUGUCACAUGUAAGAAUUUUUUUCCCAAAUACUGGAUACAUGAAAUAUGAACUAAACUGUUUUAUGACAUGGGAUAAUCUCAUCGCAAAUUUGGGAGGUCUGAUUUCACUUUGUCUGGGAGGAUCCUUAAUAAGCAUAUUAGAGCCAUUUAUUUAUUUUUUAUUAAGACAUUUGCAAACAAACAAAAAUAUUAACCACUGAAAUAUUUUUAUUAAUGAAAUUAAAAAUUUUCCGCUUCAAAUUUUUUAGAUGGAUGAUUUAAAGAAUUAAAUAGCCAGUUUUGUAAAAAAACAAUGAAUUUAUAAUAUAAUAUUUUCGCAUAGUGUAUGAGGACGUUGACUUGUUAUUGAUUUUAGCUGAUGAAUAUAAAUAUACAUAAACUUGUUCUCUGCUUCAAAAUUCGUGAUAUUAACUAAAUAAUUUUUGUUUAAAAAAUUUUUUUCAUCAAUUAAAAAUU